AUGAAGGACCGAUUCAAACAAAAAUACACCGCCGGAGCGGCAGUGGCAUAUAUGUCACGAAAACAAGCGCUGAAGAAGCUUCAGCUCACGCUCAAGGACUUCCGUCGAUUGUGUAUUAUUAAGGGAAUCUACCCACAUGAACCGGCACACAAGAAGCAAGCAAACAAGGGUUCCACAGCUAACAAGGUGUUCUACUAUCGCAAAGAUAUCAACUUCCUGGCUCACGAACCGAUUAUCAACAAGUUCAGAGACUACAAGGUCUUUUUGCGAAAAUUGAACCAUUUGAAAGCAAAGAAAGAGGAUGAAAAGAUUAAGAAGCUCUAUGACAACAAGCCAGUCUACAAUCUCGACACUAUCGUUAAGGAGCGCUUCCCGACGUUCGGAUCGGCUCUUCGUGACAUGGAUGAUGCUCUUUCUCUAUGCUUCACCUUCGCUAUGCUCCCACAUACUCGAGUUCUCAAGGAAGGAAUGAUCGACAGCUGUCGUAAGCUGACUGCCGAAUUCAUGCACUAUGUGAUCGAGUCUCAAUCUCUCCGCAACACCUUCAUUUCUAUCAAGGGAAUCUACUACCAGGCUGAAGUCCACGGUGAGAAGAUCACAUGGGUCGUGCCACACGAGCGUGGUCUUCCACACGUCACCGACGUCGACUUCACCGUUUUGGUGACGUUCGUUGAGUUCUACAUCGCCAUGUUGGGAUUCGUCAACUUCAAACUCUACCAGGACAUUGGACUCUUCUAUCCACCACAGAUCGGACAGGUUGUUGAAGGAGAUGAGAUGGAAAGUGAGGAAUAUAAGGAAAAGGUGUACAGUUUGGCGAAGCCAUUGGCGAAAAGAAAGGAUGUGGAGCAGACCGAAGAUGAUGAGCCAUUGGAUCUUCUCGGAGAAGAUUCUGAUGCUCUUGCACAGAAAGUCAAAGAAGCCAAGAAUAUCAAGACCCUGUUCAAAGGAUGCGUUUUUUAUCUCAAUCGCGAGUGUCCAAAGGAAGCUCUAACAUUUAUCAUUAGAAACGGAGGUGGAGUUGUUGGAUGGGAAGGAGCACCGAAUGAUUUGAAAGCUGAUAGCAAAAACAUCACACAUCACAUCGUAGAUCGGCCAAUGGACAAGUUAGAAGUAAAUCGACUCUAUGUACAGCCACAGUGGGUGUUCGAUUGCUUGAAUGCUCGUAGAAAGUUGCCAACGGAGAGGUAUAUGCCAGGAGUUGCACUGCCACCACAUUUCUCGCCGUUUACAUCUGAAAAGGCUGGAGACUACAUUCCAUUUGAACGAUUGGAGGAGUUGAGAAGCAUGGGCAAGGACGUCUCCGAGCUCGAAGCCGCUAUUCCAAAGACCAUGGACGAGCUGCCGAUGCGCAGAAAGGAGGUCAAGCCAGAAAAGCCAAAGGGAAUCCACAUCGCCGUCGGACAGAUGCACAAGAAGAGCAAGGAGAAGUUCCACGAGACAGUCGAGAAGGGACAAGAGUUGAAGAUGCGCGAAUUGAUGAUUUCGAAGAAGCACCAACGUGUCUACCACAGCAUGAAGACGACGUUCAAACGAAAUCGCAACGAUGCGCUGAAGCUGAAAAAGAAGGCCAAGUUGGUGAAGGCGACGGCGGAAGCCUGA